GACGACAUCGAUACUGGCAUCGAUUUGUCCCCACCUCUAUUUCUUACGCUGCUUGCCCUCAAUUAAAAAUAAAAUUGCAAAAUUUAAUUGUUUCUAGUUAUAAAAACAUCGCAUCGCCCAGGCGCUUCAAAUUCGCGUUCAAUACAAAUUGAAGGAACAUUGUGAAACAUGUCAACACCCGCACGCAGACGUCUUAUGAGAGAUUUUAAAAGACUUCAGGAGGAUCCACCCACGGGUGUCUCGGGUGCGCCAACAGAUAAUAAUAUUAUGAUAUGGAAUGCUGUGAUUUUUGGUCCACACGAUACACCAUUUGAGGACGGAACCUUUAAGUUAACCAUAGAAUUUACGGAAGAGUAUCCAAACAAACCGCCAACAGUUCGAUUUGUGUCGAAAGUAUUUCAUCCCAAUGUGUAUGCAGAUGGUGGCAUAUGCUUGGACAUACUGCAGAACCGCUGGAGUCCCACAUACGAUGUGUCAGCCAUACUAACAUCUAUACAGUCACUGCUGAGUGAUCCCAAUCCCAACUCACCGGCUAACUCCACCGCCGCCCAGCUGUAUAAAGAGAAUCGGCGCGAGUACGAGAAACGUGUGAAAGCCUGUGUGGAGCAAAGUUUCAUCGAUUAGCCAUGCGCCCACUCUAGGAACAGCAAUAACAGCAGCAGCAGCAGCAUUAGAAGCAGGAGCCACAGCAGCUUGAAACAUCAGCAAACUACAGCAACCGAAAUAUGCAAUACCAUAAACAAGUUUAAAUUAAAUAAUAACAGAAAUAUUUAUGAUACAUGUAAUGCUAUGAAAUUGUAACAGCGCCAACGGCAUCACAGCAACAUAUAUACACAAGAACACUCUGAAUCGCUCACACACCUGCGGCACUUCAGGGCCCAAAUCCACACCACACAAAAGCAAAGGGCAGUUGUAAGUUAUAUAUUUGUUUGGCCAAAUGGCAGAGACCGUAGAUAAAAAACAAAAUAUUAAAAAACACCCGAAAAACUUACUGAUGCAGAGCCGCUUGUUAUGCGGGCGCAGCCAGUAAGAAGUCUCUCAUAAGCUAACAACUCAAAUGUUAUAUUUAUAAUAGCAGCGGCAAAAAAAUUAUUAAGAAUAUAAUAAUAAUAAAAAAAAAUUACAAAACUCAUGUCAAACAGUUGGAAAACCAAAAUAGUUUCAUUUUAGAUGUGCGCUCUGCCUAGCAUGUCUUCUGAGAUAAACUAAACCAAACCAAAAACAAACACUAAGCAAAAUUCAUAUUUGUAGUAGUUCGUGUCGUAGCGAGACGCACAGUUGAUUGGCAAAAUUAAUUGAAGCUGCCUGAGAUCCGCGUUUUAACUGAAUGUCCAAUGUCAAUAAUGAUAACUACCCAAGCUCCCACACACAUACACACAUCCCACAUACACACACACACACAUGCUACCUAGAUCGAUUCAUAAGUUUAUUGGCCUCAAAUUGUGAAAUUAACUAGAAAUUGAGAAUUAAAUGUUAGUUGUUAGCAAUAUAAA